AUGGUUUCCAAGGAAAAGGAGGAAGAAAACAUAAGCACGGUUGAGAAGACAGAAGAAGAGAAAAUAGAUGAAGCAGACAUUCCAGAUAAGAUUUCAGAAGAUUCUUCUGAUGCAAAGAAAACAUCAAAGAUGUGCUUGGAAAAAGAAGAGGUUCGGGAGCAUGAAGAUGCUAAGAAAGAUGAAAUAGCUACAGCUCAAGCUCUCCAAGUGGAGGAACCAAAUGAGCAAUCUUUGACUUCAGCAAUGCCAGAUGAGAACAUAGAGCAUGGAACUACAGCCAAUGAGGAAGAAGAAAAAAGACCUCAGGAGCCUGAAGCUGUUGUGGAUCAGGAAACUGCUCAGGCUUCAAUAACAGAGGAAUCACUGGAGAUUGAAACAAUAGGCACUGUUAAGAAGCUAGAAGAAGAGAAAAGGAAAGAAGCAGAAAAGCUUGAAAAUGAGAAUUGUGAAGAUUCGUCAGGUAGAGAAACAGAAGAGAUAUGCUUGCAAAAAGAAGAGCCAAAUGAGCCUCAUGCAGUUCCAAAAGAAGAAAUCACAUCUGAUCAGACUUUCUCAGGAGAGCAACUUCAUAUUUCAACCUCUGCUAUAACUAGUGAAGAACGAAAGCAUGAAACUAAGAAGACAGAAGAUGAGAAAACAAACGAAGGGGAAAUCAUAAAAGACAAGAUUGAAGAAGCUUCAGAUGAAACGACAACAGUAGAGAUAUGCUCACAAAAGGAAAGGUCCGUUGAGCUAGAAGCUGUUGCAGAAGAUGAACUGACUGUUGGUCACACUCUCACUGAAAAGAAAUCAUCAGAACAGGCUCAGAAUCCAACCUCUGCACUGCCUUCAAAGGAAGAGGAAUGUGGAAGUACAAAUAAUGGAGAAGAUGCAUCCUUGCAAAAGGAACGGCUUCAGGAGGAUGAAACUCUUGCAGUAGUAGACAAUGCUUCUGCUCAGACCAUCCCAACAGAGAAACCAGAGGAGCAAAUUUCAAAUCCUGUUGUCACAUUGCCAUCGACUGAAGAGGAGAAAGUAAAGGAAGAAGAGAUGCAAAAUGGAGACUCUGAUGGAGUAACGGCAGUACAAGAGAUAAGCUCAGAAAAAAUUGAAUCAAAGGAGCCCCGAGAUAUGUUGGAAGGUGAAACUAAUCCUAGUCAGGUUGUAGCAGAGGAAUCACAGGAGCAUGGAACUGUAAGAGAAGAAGAGAAAAUAAAAGAAGCAGAAACAAAGGAAGAUGACAAAACCCAACAAUCAGAAUGCACAAGAGAGCUUCAAGGUGCCUUAGAAGAUGGAGCAACUGCUGCUUUUACUCUGCCAGUUGAGAAGCCAGAGGAUCACCUUCAUAUUACAACCUCUACAUUGCCUUCUGAGGUCCAAGGAGAUGAAUCGAAGGAAACAGAAUUGCAAGAAGAUGAGAGUCCAGAGAAGAUUCCAGAACAAACAAGAGAGACUGAGGAAGCCCAGAAUUUCAACACGGAGACACAUGAAAGGGCUUUUGACAAUGAAUUGCUCAAUGAAACAGAAGAUGCUGCAAUCAAAGAGAAACCUGUCAGAGCAAGAGAUGAGACAGUGGGUGAAGAAAAUCAGUGCGAGAAAACAAAUGAAGGAAAUGAAAUCAUACCGAAUGAAGUUUCAAAGGAAGAGGUCAUGGAGGACAAGGAAGUUACUGAAACAUCAUAUUCAACUUCCCAUUCGGAAGAGAUGACAAAAGAUGGCUCUGGAGAAGAUGAGCAAAGGGAGAAGCUGAUCGAAGACAAGACAUCUGAAGAGUUCAUCGUGGAAGCUCAAAAGACCAGUGAAAAUAAGAUCAUUGAAAAGCAGAUAGAAGAUAAAACUGUUGAGGAUCCAGGCCAAGGUUCAGUUGCCAGGAUUGAAACCACAACAGUAACAGAACAGGGAUCAAGCACAGAAUUAUCAGUGGCAGAAGGCAAUCAAAUAAUUGAUGAUAUUCAGCAGCCAGAGGAAACAACUAAUAUAGCAUCUGAUCAGCAGAUUCCAAGGGAAUUAGAUCCCAUUGAGAACACAGAGAUAACAAGUUCAAUUGCCAAGGAACAUGUUCCAGUAGAUUUACAGGACAGAGUUGCAGAAUCCUCACAGAAGGCUGAAGUUGGAGAUGUCAAAGAGAUUUAUCCAGAAGUAGUUGAACAUGGCAGAGAAAAAACAACAGAUAACUCAGGUGAAGAAAUAACCAAGCAGUCUACAUCAGUGGAAGAUUCAACUAAGGUAUCAUCAUCUGACCAUGUUGAAAGCUCCAUAAAGGAAACUUUGCAAGUGACUCAAGACAAGAUUAAGGAGAGAGAAGCAAAAGAUGAAACUAAUGCUUCUCAAAUUCUUCGAUUGGAGGAGAAACCAGAGGAGCAAUCUCCAGCUCCAUCAUCCAAAUUGCCUUCAGCGGAAGGAGAGCAUGGAGUUACAACUCAAGUUGACGUAGUAGAAGAAAAGGAACUGAAGGAAGUGGAAACUCUAGAUAAAGAUUCUUCUGAUACAAAGAAAGGAGGUGAGAUAUGCUUGGAAAAGGAAGAAAACAAGGAGCUAAAAGCUGUUGUGGAGCAAGAAACAAUUGCUGAAGAUGCUAAGAAAGAAGAAACCAUAGUGAAAGAUAAUACUAGUUCCCCUAAAACUCUUCCAGAAGAGAAACUGGAGGAGCAACUCCAAACUUCUGCUGACAGAUUGCCUUCUGAGGAUGAAGAGGUCAGAACUGCACACCCAAUUGAGAAGAUUGAAGAAGAGAUACAGAAGGAUGCUGAAAUAAAACAUGGGAGUCUAGAAGAUUCUUCUGACACAAAGACAAUAGAAGAGGUAUGCUCGCCAAAUGAAGAAAAAAAAGAGGCUAAGGCGGUCUCAAAAGAAGAAACUAUUGCUGACCAGGGUCUCCAAAAUGAUGAACCAGAGGAGCAAAUUCAAACUACAUCUUCUACAUUGCCUUCUGAGGAAAGGGAGCAUGGAACUGGAGCCAUAAGUGAGGAGAUAGAAUAUGGCAAAAAAAAGGAAGAAGUACUCACAGAGCAAGAUGUUGUUCCAGGACAUGAAAUAACUGGUGAGCAGACUCUUCCAGCUAAUAAACCAGAGCAAGGGACCACAAGCUCUCCAUUGGUUUCCAAGGAGAAGGAGGAGGAAAACAUAAGCACUGUUGAGAAGACGGAAGAAGAGAAAACAAAUGAAGCAGACAUUCAAGAUAAGAUUUCAGAAGAUUCUUCGGAUGCAAAGAAAACAGCAAAAAUAUGCUUGGAAAAAGAAGAGUUUCAGGAGCUUGAAGAUGCUAAGAAAGACGAAAUAGCUACUGCUCAAGCUCUCCAAGUGGAGGAACCAAAUGAGCUAUCUUUGACUUCAGCAUUGCCUGCUGAGAACAUAGAGCAUGGAACUACUGCCAACGAGGAAGAAGAAGAAGAAAAAGUGAAGGAAGUGGUAUUGCUAGGAAAAGAAACAUGCUUAGAAAAGGGAGGACUUCAGGAGCCUGAAGCUGUUGUGGAUCAAGAAACUAUUGUUGCUCAGGCUUCAAUAAUAGAGGAAUCAUUGGAGAUUGAAGCAAUAGGCACUGUUGAGAAGCAAGAAGAAGAGAAAAGGAAAGAAGCAGAAAAGCUUGAAGAUGAGAAUUGUGAAGAUUCGUCAGCUAGAGAAACAGAAGAGAUAUGCUUGCAAAAAGAAGAGCCAAAUGAGCCUCCUGCAGUUCCAAAAGAAGAAAUUACAUCAGGUCAGACUUUCUCAGAAGAGCCACUUCAUAUUUCAACCUCUGCUACAACUAGUGAAGAACUAGAGCAUGAAACUAAGAAGACAGAAGAUGAGAAAACAAACAAAGGGGAAAUCAUAAAAGACAAGAUUGAAGAAGAAGCUUCAGAUGCAAGGACAACAGUAGAGAUAUGCUCACAAAAGGAAAGGUCCGUUAAGUCAGGAGCUGUUGUAGAAGAUGAACUGACUGCUGGUCACACUCUCCCUGAAAAGAAAUCAGAAGAACAAGUUCAGAAUCCAUCCUCUCCACUGCCUUCAACGGAAGAGAAAUGUGGAAGUACAAGUACAGCUGAGAAGAUAGAAAGUGACAAAACAGAGGAAGCAGAAUUCUUACAAGAUGCUAAUGGAGAAAAUGCAUCCUUGCAAAAGGAACAGCUUCAGGAGGAUGAAGCUCUUGCAGUAGUUGACAACACUUCUGCUCAGAUUAUCCCAACAGAGAAACCAGAGGAGCAAAUUCCAAAUCCUGUUGUUAUAUUGCCAUCAGAGGAGCAUAAGCAUGAAACCAUCAAUGGAGUUGACAAGACUGAAGAGGAGAAAUUAAAGGAAGAAGAGAUGCGAAAUGGAGACUCUGAUGUAGGAAAGACAGUACAAGAGAUAUGCUCAGAAAAAAAUGAAUUAAAGGAGCCCCGAGAUGUGUUGGAAGGUGAAACUAAUCCUAGUCAGGUUAUAGCAGAGGAAUCACGGGAGCAUGGAACUGUAAGAGAAGAAAAGAGAAUAAAAGAAGCAGAAAUACUGGAAGAUGACAAAACCCCACAAUCAGAAUAUGCAGGAGAGCUUCAAGGUGCCUUAGAAGAUAGAGCAACUGCUGCUCAUACUCUCCCAGGAGAGAAGCCAGAAGAUCACCUUCAUAUUACAACCUCUAAAUUGCCUUCUGAGGUCCAAGGAGAUGAAACCAAGGAAACAGAAUUGCAAGAAGAUGAGAGUCCAGAGACGAUUCCAGAACAAACAAGAGAGAUUGAGGAGGCCCAGAAUUUCAACAAGGAGACACAUGAAAGGGCUUUUGACAUUGAAUUACUCACUGAAACAGAAGAUGCUGCAAUCAAAGAGAAACUUGUCAAAGCAAGAGAUGAGACAGUGGGUGAAGAAAAUCAAUGUGAGAAAACAAAUGAAGGAAAUGAAAUUAUACCGAAUGAAGUUUCAAAAGAAGAGGUCAUGGUGGACAAGGAAGUUACUGAAACAUCUUAUUCAACUUCCCAUUCGGAGGAGCUGACGAAAGAUGGCUCUGGAGAAGAUGAGCAAAGGGAUAAACUGAUUGAAGACAAGAAAUCUGAAGAGUUCAAUGUGGAAGCUCAAAAGACCAGUGAAAAUGAGAUAAUUGAAAAGCAGAGAGAAGAUAAAAUUGUUGAGGAUCCAGGCCAAGGUUCAGUUGCCAGCAUUGAAACCGCAACAGUAACAGAACAGGGAUCAAGCACAGAUUUUUCAGUGGCAGAAGGCAAUCAAAUAAUUGAUGAUAUUCAGCAGCCCGAGGUAACAACUAAUAUAGCAUCUGAUCAGCAGAUUCCAAGGGAAUUAGAUCCCAUUGAGAACACAGAGAAUACAAGCUCAACCGCCAAGGAGCAUGUUCCAAUAGAUUUGAAGGACAGAGUUGCAGAAUCCUCACAGAAUGCUGAAGUUGGAGAUGUCAAAGAGAUUUAUCCAGAAGUAGUUGAACAUGGCGGAGAAAAAACAACAGAUAAUUCAGCUGAAGAAAUAACCAAGGAGUCUACAUCAGUGGAUGAUUUGACUAAGAUAUCAUCAUCUGAUCAUGUUGAAAGCUCCAUAAAGGAAACUUUGCAAGUGACUCAUGACAUGAUUGUGGAGAGAGAAGAAAAAGUUGAAAUUAAUGCUUCUAAAAUUCUUCUAGGGGAGGAGAAACCUGAGGAGCAAUCUCCAGCUCCAUCAUCCAAAUUGCCUUCUGUGGAAGGAGAGCAGAGAGUUACAACUCAAGUCGAUGUAGUAGAAGAAAAGGAACUAAAGGAAGUGGAAGCUCUAGAUAAAUGUUCUUCUGAUACAAAGACAGGAGGCGAGAUAUGCGUGGAAAAGGAAGAAAACAAGGAGCUAGUAGCUGUUGUGGAGCAAGAAACUAUUGCUGUUCAGGCUCCAUCAACAAAGAUUAAGGAGGACCCGGUUUCUCAUUUUGAAGAUGGCAGCAAAGAAGAUGAGCUGAAGGAUGAACAUACUGGAGACAAGACAAAUGAAACCUUGAAAAUCCAAACAUACGAAAUUCAAAAUGAAAAGCUCUCUAUGGAAACUCUAAAGGACAGUGCAAACAAUAUUAAGAAAGAGAUUGUUGCUGAAGAUGAAACUGUGAAGGAUCUAGAACAAGUUCCAGUUGAAAUGGAAGAAGCCACAAUUGUAAGAGAACAGAUUCCAGGAGAAGAAGAAUCCACCGAGAGCAGAAACAAAAGUUCAAGUGGCAAGGAACACUUUCCAACAGAACAGCAGGUUAGAGCUUUAGAAAUCUCAGACAAAGCUGAAGCAAGAGAUUUGGAACCUGGAAAUACUCAAGAAAUUUGUUCAGAAGCAGGAGUUGAUCCUGUAAAAGAGAAAAAGACAGAUAAUUCAGGUGUGGAAAUAACCCAGGAACCUGAAUCAGCGGAUUCAGCUAAGCUAUCAUUGUCUGACCUACUCCAAAGAUCCACAAGAGAAAAAAUACAAGUGACUAAAAAUGUGAUUGAAGAGAUGGAACUAACAGUAAGCAAGGAAGAACCACCUGUGGAAGAAGCAGAAGCUAUUCAAGCUAAAGAAGCAAAAACCGAUGAAGAGAAAGAUGAAGGAGAGGAAGGGGAUGAACACAAUAAGGCAGACUCUGGCUCGGAUGCUCCUGUGAUGGUAGAAGCACCUAGAGAUACCAACACUAAACCACGUAAGAAAUCUCAUAACAUACUAUCUGGUGUUGGAUCAAAAGUGAAGCAAUCAAUUUCCAAGGUGAAGAAAGCAAUAAUUGGUAAAUCUUCUCAUUCAAAAGAAUCAAAACCAAAAUCACCAAAGGAAAGCGAGAAAUGAAUAUGAUCCCCCGUCUCAGUCAGUAAAGAAUCACAUAUUCUUAGGUGUUUUUUUAUAAGGGUUUGUUUUCUGUCAAAUAUUUGUGGUCAUACUAUGUUUUAAACUUAGUGUGUUUUCUGCAAACUGGAAAAGUAGUUCCAUUUUUUUUUUUUGUAUAAAAAUACUUGGAGAGUUAUAUGAUUGUAAAAUGGAGUGUUGCAAAUUUGCAAUUUUUCUGAGCAUGCCACAAUCACAUAUAUACAAAAUUGUUUGUUCAUCAAAGACUUCUAAAGACACAUUCCAGUUCCAAACUUCCAACUACAAGGCUCUAACACUAAUUUAUAAUUAACUGACAAAUCUACAAGCUGCUGUAAGGAACCAAAUUAGUUUGUGUUUUCAAUGUAUUUAACCAUGUGCAACAUUAAUCCAACCAUGACCACAGAAUGGAAAGAUAACACAAAAUGAGAAUCCAAAAAUCAUGGAAGUUGGCUAAAUUAACUCCAUCAAGUUAAUGGAUGCCAUUGGAACAGCAGAAAGAAUCCAACUGUGGAAUUUAACCAUACUUGAAAUUAUUAAAGCAAAAAUUGUCUUCUAGUUUCUUUUAUUGCUUGUAACUUCCAUUGAAAUUUGCAGAACAUGAAAUUGUGAUUGAAAAGAAACUCUCUAUAGGCAGAGUUCAGAGACAGAAAAUUUAAAUCCAAAGAUUAUGGAAGUUGGUUAAAUCAAAUCCAUCAUUUUGAUGGGUGCCAUGACAAGAGCAAAAAGAAUACAGCCGCGGAAUUGAACCACGCUUCAGUUUAACUUAAUAAAGCAAAGAUCAUCUUUUUAGUUUCUUGCUUGCAAUUGCCACUGAUAUCGCAGAACAAGAACUUAAGAAUGCAAAAAGACUCCAUAUAACCAGAAUUGG